CUAAACGACGCACCAAACCCUUUUAUCUCUUCCGUAUGCCCUGUCUCCAGCGCGUCGUCCCCCCAACCUCCAGAUACCCACUUUCUCUUCUCUGUAAAUUUUUUCCCGCCGCCACCCACGCCGUCUGCCCUCUGUUUUCCGUUGGUCUGCUGCACGCCGGGCAGGAAAAGAAAGACGAUGGCAGAAGAGGAGCCGAAGCCGUUCACUUACAUACCGGAGAUAAUAUUGAAGAAAAGAAAGAGCAAUGAAGAAUGGGCACUCAAGAGGAAAGCCCAGUAUGAAGAGAGAAACUCUUUGAUUAGGAAGAAAGCCAAGCAUGACUUCAUCAGAAUGCCCGAGGACUUCAUCAAAGAGUACCGCGCUAGGGAGUUGGACCUCAUUAAGAUGAAACAUAGGGUAAAGAGGAAACAACCGACAUCAGCGCCAACAAAAUCGAAACUGCUUUUUGUCAUUCGCAUACAUGGGAAAAGAGAAAUCCAUCAAAAAACGAGGAAGGUCUUGUACAACAUGAGCUUGAGGUCAACAUUCAGUGGUAUAUUUGUGAAGGUAAAUGAAGGGAUUAUGGAAAAGCUGCAAAGAGUGGAGCCAUACGUCACAUAUGGAUACCCAAAUCUAAAGAGCAUUAAGGAGCUGAUUUACAAGAAGGGUUAUGCAAAGAUAGACAAGCAGCGGGUUCCCCUCACAGACAAUAACAUCAUUGAACAGGCAUUAGGGAAGUUUGGCAUCAUAUGCAUCGAAGAUAUUGUGCACGAGAUCGCAAAUGUUGGUCCACAUUUCAAGGAGGUUACUAAAUUUUUAUAUCCCUUUAAACUCAAGAAGCCAGAAGGCUUGCUAGGAAGCAAAAUGUUGUACAAGCAAGGGGGAGACACUGGGAAUCGUGAGGAUCAAAUCAAUGAACUAAUCAGUAAGAUGAAUUAGUUUUAAGAAAGCAUGUAAUACAUACACUAAAAAAUAUGGAAUGUAGUUUAUAAACUGCCCCUCAAACGACCUGCUGUCUGAUGUAUCACAAUUUUGAAGCUGCUGUUAAUUUGGUCUGCUAAUUGAAUGGUAUCAAUUUUUUUUCUUCAUUUCAACUUGUAUUGAACUUGCUGUUAAUUCGAUGUUUUCUUUCUUAA